AUGGUCACAGCGAUUGCAAGGGACGGAUCCGAGCCUCCUUCUCCUAAGCGUCUGAAACAGGAGGAACCAUCAAGCAAUGAAACUGAGUCAAAGAACACAACGGAAGCGAUAAGUUCAGAGAGUCCCGAGCCAGAGGAUGAAGAUCUUGAGCGGUUUGACGAAGAAUGGCGAAAGAGCGGGGAUUUUGAUGUCGACUUCUCGAAACUCCGUUUCACAUUCGGUGCCGGAGCUGUGGAUCUGGAUGACAAUGACCUGGUUCCUGAGCACGACACCAACAGAAACUUGCUCACCAGGUUGACGGAGAAGUCUAUCUCUUACUACAAAGAAAACACGGGUAUAAGCCUCGAAUUGGUCAAUGUUUUGAGAGCAAAUUUCCACCCAUCAGCUGCAAUCACGCUCUACAUCACAUUCGAAGCCCUUGAUUCGUCAGAUGGUAAUCAGACAAAGCCUUUCCAUGCAGUGGUUCGGUACUUGCCUAGAGAUAUUAGAGUGAUCUCUUGCAGGCCUAAACCAUCUUGUUGA